UGCAUCUCUGCUUCCCCCCCCAGAUAGUAUAAUUGCUGUAUCCUCCGUUACACCUACAGUGGCCGUUUUUUCCUUUAGCCAAGACUUCCGCCCACAUCAAAGAUGGCGGUUGGGCGGCCUUCCUAAUCUCUACGGAGUUUGGCAGGCUCUCACGUCCGAGCUGGUGGGGUGGAGCGGUUAAUAAACAGCAAAUGCCGGAGCUACUGCGCGGAAUUCUGCCAUGGACUGGAAAGAAGUGCUUCGCAGGCGGUUAGCUACGCCCAACACCGAUCCAAACAAUCAAAAAAGUGAACAAGAAUUAAAAGAUGAAGAAAUGGAUUUAUUUACCAAAUACUACUCAGAAUGGAAAGGAGGUAGAAAAAACACAAAUGAAUUAUAUAAGACCAUUCCUCGGUUUUAUUAUAGGUUGCCAGCUGAAGAUGAGGUUUUACUACAGAAAUUAAGAGAGGAAUCCAGAGCUGUUUUUCUCCAAAGGAAAAGCAGAGAACUCUUAGAUAAUGAAGAAUUACAGAACUUAUGGUUUUUGUUGGACAAACACCAGACACCACCCAUGAUUGGAGAGGAAGCAAUGAUCAAUUAUGAAAAUUUUUUGAAGGUUGGUGAAAAGGCUGGACCAAAAUGCAAGCAGUUUUUCACUGCAAAAGUCUUUGCUAAACUCCUUCAUACAGAUUCUUAUGGAAGAAUUUCCAUCAUGCAGUUCUUUAACUAUGUCAUGCGAAAAGUUUGGCUUCAUCAAACAAGAAUAGGACUCAGUUUAUAUGAUGUUGCUGGUCAAGGGUACCUUCGGGAAUCUGAUUUAGAAAACUAUAUAUUGGAACUUAUCCCUACUUUGCCACAAUUAGAUGGCCUGGAAAAAUCCUUUUACUCCUUUUAUGUUUGUACAGCAGUUAGGAAAUUUUUCUUCUUUCUGGACCCUCUAAGAACAGGAAAAAUUAAAAUUCAAGAUAUUUUAGCAUGCAGCUUCCUGGAUGACUUAUUGGAGUUAAGGGAUGAAGAACUAUCCAAAGAGAGUCAAGAAACAAAUUGGUUUUCUGCUCCUUCUGCCCUAAGGGUUUAUGGCCAGUAUUUGAAUCUUGAUAAGGAUCACAAUGGUAUGCUCAGUAAAGAAGAACUGUCUCGCUAUGGAACAGCAACCAUGACCAACGUCUUCUUAGAUCGUGUUUUCCAGGAAUGUCUCACUUAUGAUGGAGAAAUGGACUAUAAGACCUACUUGGAUUUUGUUCUUGCAUUAGAAAACAGGAAGGAACCUGCAGCUUUGCAAUAUAUUUUCAAACUGCUUGAUAUUGAGAAUAAGGGAUACCUCAAUGUCUUUUCCCUUAAUUAUUUCUUUAGGGCCAUACAAGAACUAAUGAAAAUCCAUGGACAAGAUCCUGUUUCAUUUCAAGACGUCAAGGAUGAAAUCUUUGACAUGGUAAAACCAAAGGAUCCUUUGAAAAUCUCUCUUCAGGAUUUAAUCAAUAGUAAUCAAGGAGAUACAGUCACUACCAUUCUAAUUGAUCUGAAUGGCUUCUGGACUUAUGAAAACAGAGAAGCCCUUGUUGCAAAUGACAGUGAAAAUUCUACAGACCUUGAUGAUACAUGAUCUCUAAAAAACUAGACUGUCUUAAGAUGCUUGAAUGCUGCAUGUGAAACCUUUGAAGCAGAAUUUGUUUAGAAAUGGUUUAAAUAAAAUAAUGUGUCUAAAAAACACAGCAA